AUGGAGAUCGAGGGUGCAUCAACAACUGAGAGAGCUAGAGUUUUGCAGUGGCCCGACAAUGGCGGCGAUUGGCAAAAGUGGCACGUUCAAUAUUCAGGUCAUGGUCAGUAUCGGCUGCUUGCAGCUCACAGUCGUCAAGCCUUAGAUGCGUACGGAUGGCAGACGAAUAAUGGAGCGCCAUUGAUUCAAGCAGCUUAUCAUGCUGGUGAUAAUCAGUUGUGGAAAAUAAAUGAAGUAGAUGGAGCACCUGGAGUAGUCCAACUGAUCAGUGUUCACUCAUUGAAUCAACCAGGUCCAGCAAAAUUAGUAUCAGUUCCAUCAAGUUCCACCGCAGCAGGUAUACAAUUACACUUGUGGGAAGAAGUGAACAAUGCUGAUCAGAAAUGGAAAAUGAUUCGACUUUGA